UCAAGCAAGAGAGCUUCUAACGUGGAGGAAGGUGGGAAAUUUUGAUAUGAGGAGAUCUUGUUUUAAUACGCUGAGAUGAAUUGCACAACCUGAAUGAAAAGGUAUUCAGGAAAGCAUGUGGUUCCUGGAUUGAAGGUUUGAAAUAUACCGUAUAGUUCAAUUAUAUCUGGGACUCUCUGACACCAGACAAAUGCAAAACACGGCCAUGUCCAAUCCUGUAGAAGACGAUCCUUUUGAUUUCCUUUUUAAAAUCAUUUUGAUUGGGGACUCAAAUGUAGGUAAAACAUGUGUUGUGCAACGCUUUCAAUCAGGUGUCUUCUCGGACAAACAUCAAAACACCAUUGGAGUGGAUUUCAGUGUACGAUCUCUGAAUAUUGAUGGAAAAAAAGUCAAGGUCCAAGUGUGGGACACAGCUGGUCAAGAGAGAUUCCGUACAAUCACUCAGAGCUACUAUCGUAGUGCUCAUGGAGCCAUAAUCGCCUAUGACAUAACUCGUCGGCAGACAUUUGAAUCUGUACCACACUGGAUCCAUGAAGUGGAAAAAUAUGGAGCAGCUAACUUAAUGGUGAUGUUGAUUGGGAAUAAGUCGGACAUGUUGGAGCAGAGACAAAUUUUGUUUGAAGAAGCUUGUACUCUUGCAGAGAAGCAUGGAUUGCUGGCAGUCUUGGAAACCUCAGCAAAAGAGGCUCGAAACAUUGAUGAGGUGUUUCUUCUAAUGGCAAAGGAGCUUAUAGCACGCAAUACCCUCCAUUUUCAUAAGGAAAGCCCCCGUAACAGUUUUGUACUAGACUCAAGGCCCAUUGUUGUUUCACAACCAGAGAAGAAUUGCCAGUGUUAAAUUUGGUUGUAAAAGAAGAAAACUAAAUGGGAUUUCUUGAGUUUCUCAUAGCCAGUAUACUGGGUCAGACUAUGGUCCCUAUUGUGUUCCACAAGUUUUCAGUAAAGGUCUGGUCCCACACCUUUGAACCCGGUGUCAGACAAUGGAAAUGUAGGACCAAUGCGACCUGUGAUAUACUCUGUCUUUAUUAACAAUGUUACUGCAAUUUUCAACCAGAACAAGUGACAGAUUUCAGAUAGAGCUUGAUAUCUGCUAGACCAUUACAUAAUGUGAACAUUAGUGUUCUAUUUGCUAGAUUGGUGAGUUCUGUUAUCAUAAUGUUAUAUAGGCACAAGUUUGUCCUCUUUUUCAAAAUUGCCACUUUAUACUCAACAGUGGUUGAUAUUUAUAUUAUUGUUGUGUUCUGAAAAAUGGUCCAAAGUAUUGCAAGUGGGGCAGUCACCAUGGAAACCAGUGGAACCAGCAGUCAAAGCCAUGAUUACCCCACUUUUACAUCUCUGCACCACGUUACAGAGCACAACACUUUCAUGAGUCUCCCCCUUGAAUAUCAAUAUACAUUUUUG